AUGGUUCUCAUCGAGAAUCAAGAAUACCUCUGCGAAGAGGAAAAGCGUCUGAAGCAGGACAGAGAACGCACCGCUUACUGGAAGCGAUGGGGUCCCUAUGUUGCCGAGAGGCAGUGGGCAACUGUCCGCGAAGAUUACUCCCCUGAUGGAGAUGCUUGGAGCCAUUUCACGCAUGACAUGGCACGGUCGCGCGCCUUCCGCUGGGGCGAAGACGGCAUUGCUGGCGUGUCCGACUCGCACGGUUUCCAGAACAUUGCCUUUGCUUUCUGGAACGAGAAGGAUGAUUUCUUGAAGGAGCGCCUUUUCGGUCUGUCGAACCCCCAGGGUAACCACGGCGAGUCGCUCAAGGAGUGCCAUUUCCACUUGGACAACACGCCAACUCACUCGUACAUGAAGUUCCUCUACAAACUUCCUCAGCGAAAGUUCCCAUACGAAGACCUCAUCGAGACGAACGCAAAGCGAACGCGGUUGGACAAGGAGUACAACCUCGUUGACACGGGCAUCUUCGACGACGACCGAUAUUGGGAUAUCUUCAUUGAGACCGCAAAGGAAGCCGACGAUCCUGAGGAAUUGUGCUUCCGAGUUACGGCUUACAACCGUGGACCAGAGCCGGCGCCGCUACAUAUUGUACCUCACUGUUGGUUCAGGAAUACCUGGGCAUGGGGUCACGAGGAUGAGAAGCUGAAGCCCUCAAUCACCAAGAUCGGCCCAACAACAGCGCAGUCGAAACACCACAAGUUGGGAGACCGCUACUUCCAGCUCUCACCGUCCCCUGGCACCGGUCCAAGCGGUGAAGAUGUACAGCCCGAGCUCCUCUUCACCGACAACGACACCAACUACAAGGGGCUAUGGAACGUCGAGAAUAAAGUCCCAUAUGUCAAGGACGGCAUUCAUCGCCGCAUUGUAGACGAGCAGCUAGACGCUGUCAACCCCGAGAACACUGGCACCAAGUGUGGUGCUUGGUACGCUUUCGAUGAAGGCGAUGGUGUCCCACCUGGCGAGUGCGCUGUAGUCCGCUUCAGGCUGUCACGGAGAAACGACGGGUUCCUUGACGAAGAAAUGUUUGACGACAUCAUCGAGCAGCGCCGCGCGGAGGCCGACGAAUUUUACUACAGAAUAAGUCCUCUCCCAAUCGCUGAUGAUUUACGUAACAUUCAGCGUCAAGCGUUUUCCGGCAUGAUGUGGUGUAAGCAAUACUACCAUUUCAUCUGGGACCAGUGGGCGAACGGUGACCCCGGCAUGCCUCCUCCACCACCCGGUCGAAAGGCUAUACGGAACAACGAGUGGAAGCACAUGCACUUGGACGAUAUCCUGUCCAUGCCGGACUCUUGGGAAUACCCCUUUUUCGCCGCUUGGGACAGUGCCUUCCACUGCAUUACGCUUGCCAUGAUCGACCCAGACUUCGCCAAGAAGCAGCUGGACCUCUUCACGCGCGAAUGGUACAUGCACCCUAACGGACAACUACCGGCAUACGAAUGGAACUUUGGCGAUGUGAACCCUCCGGUACACGCCUGGGCGCUGUUCAGGGUCUUCAAGAUUGAGCGCAAGAUGUACGGACGCGAGGACUUCGACUGCCUCGAGCGCGUGUUCCAGAAGCUUUUGCUGAACUUUACAUGGUGGGUCAACCGAAAAGAUGCGGACGGAAAGAACAUCUUCGAGGGUGGCUUUUUGGGUCUUGACAAUAUUGGUCUCUUCAACCGUUCUGAUCCUCUACCGACCGGUGGUGUCCUGGAACAGGCUGACAGCACUGGCUGGAUGGGCUUCUACUGUCUGAACAUGUUGAACAUCUGUCUCGAGCUCGCCAAGCGACGACGCAUCUACGAAGACAUGGCCUCCAAGUUUUUCGAGCACUUCUUAAUGAUCAGCGACGCUAUGCAAUUCCGCAGCGAGGGCGAGUCAAAACCACUGUGGAAUGAGGAGGACGGUUUCUACUACGAUGCUAUCUCUUGGGGUGGCCCAUGGUCUCAUCAGAUGCCUGUCCGUUCUCUGGUCGGUCUCAUCCCUCUCUACUCGACCAUGACACUGGAGCCUGAGGUUAUCAACCGCCUGCCCAGCUUCAAGAAACGAGUGGAAUGGUUCAUCGCCAACCGCCCUGAAACCUCGAAGCGCAACAUCCACACGCUCUCAAAACGUGGCCAAGGCAACCGCAUGCUCUUGUCGCUUGUCAACGAAGACCGGCUGAAGCGCAUAAUGAAGAGGAUGUUGGACGAGGACGAGUUCUUUGCUGACCACGGUAUCCGAUCGCUUUCGAAAUACCACAAGGAUCAUCCAUACUCCAUGGAUGUGAACGGCCAAAAGUACGAAGUCGCCUACCUUCCCGGUGACUCGGACAGUGGCCUUUUCGGUGGCAACAGCAAUUGGCGAGGACCCAUUUGGUUGGCCGUCAACUUCCUGCUUAUCGAAUCUUGCCAGAGAUUCCAUCUCUACUAUGGCAACGACCUGAAGGUAGAGUGCCCUACCGGAUCGGGUGACUACAUGCAUCUCGGCCACGUCGCAGAGGAGAUUCAGCAUCGUCUCCAGCAUUUGUUUGCUCGCGGAGAUGACGGUAGAAGAGCCAUCAACGAUGGAAAUGAAAUGCUGGACUUUGACCCGAACUGGAAAGAUUACAUGUGGUACCACGAGUUCUUCGAUGGUGAUACGGGUCGUGGCUUGGGAGCGACGCAUCAGUGCGGCUGGACCGGUCUGAUCGCGAAGAUGAUCCAUGACACUGGCAUGACUUGUCGUCUCCCACAAACGCCACGCACACCAGGAGGUGCUGCCGACCAUUACUUUGACGAUGUUUUCACUACGACAGGCAAACCAGCCAAGCGCCAGACUCUCCGUCGGUCCUCGACAAGCCGUAGCAUAGGCUUCCGAAGUGACUGGGGCGAGACAUCGACCAAUGGCGAGGAAGACGACGUCACAAGCCCGAUCAAGCGCAAGAACUCCGUCGGUGUUCUGGACCAAGAGGCGCUUGAGCAGAAGUCGGCGAUGGAAGACCGUCUGCACCACUAUGUCAGUGGUCAGCUUCAGCGCAUCAAGACCGGCAUGCAGGACUACGAACCAGAUGAGUUCGAGACCAUGACAGACGGCGGUUCCGACUCAAGACCUACCACGCAGAGUGGUCGUCGCAACGGUCGUGGACGUGACAAGGGCGAUUACUUUGAACAAGAUCCGUACUUUAGCAAUAACCCGCGAACUCGCGCGCCGUUCAAGCCGUCCAAGAACCGUGGCACCAGCAGCUGGCAGCUAAAGCAGUAUGCCGAGGCCACACUCGGUAGCGGUAGUUUGAGGAAGGCCGUCAAGCUACCCGAAGGCGAAGACAAGGACGAGUGGCUAGCCGUCAAUGUUGUCGAUUUCUAUAACCAGAUCAACUUGCUCUAUGGCUCCAUUACAGAAUUCUGCUCGCCUCAAAGCUGUCCUGAAAUGAAGGCAACCGACGAAUUCGAGUACCUCUGGCAAGAUUCCGAAAACUACAAAAAGCCCACCAAGAUGCCCGCACCCGAAUACAUUGAACAUCUCAUGGCAUGGAUACAGUCCAACGUCGAUAAUGAGUCCAUGUUUCCCUCGCGCAUCGGCGUACCCUUCCCGAAGACUUUCCCAGCUCUCAUCCGGAACAUGUUCAAACGUCUAUACCGUGUCUAUGCGCAUAUCUACUGCCACCAUUACCCUGUCAUCAUCGAGUUGGGUCUGGAGCCACAUCUCAACACUAGCUUCAAGCACUAUGUGCUGUUUAUUGACGAGCAUGGUCUGGCCAGUGGAAGCAAGGACUUCUGGGGCCCGUUGGGUGAUCUGGUGGAGAGCAUGCUGAGAAGCGACUGA